AUGGCGCUCGAUAAUAACUUUGUUAUGAUUUACUAUUUUUCAUUUAAGAGAAAGAAAUUACCCAAUCUACCAAUUGAAUUCUUCUACAGCCCUCACAAUGAAACUUUGGAAAAAUUUAGAAAUUGUGCCCAAUAUCCGCCACUACAAAUGUUGAAUUUCUAUAACACAUACUGGCAAACGUUUCACAUAGAUGGAAGUAUUUUUCAACUGUAUGGUGCCUAUUAUGACGAACGCCCUGAAUCUGGACCUGUGGUGCGCAUACUGGCAAUGACUAAUCAUCAACAAAAUGAAUUUCCUAUAAUUUAUUGUCAACUAUGGUUUCAAGAUGAUAACCGACCGGUUAUAUCUACAAUUACGGAGUAUAAAUUAAUUUGGGAAUCCAGUUGGGGUGUGAAACCUAAUGUCUAUUACCCCUAUCUAAUGACUUGUGAAGUGCCCAAGAAUUCUAUCGUAACAGGUGAUACCACGCCCAAAGCAGUGAAUCUGGUGGGGCGUCAAUGUGAUACGGCUAGUAAUAGUUUACGAGUUAUCUAUGAAAAACCUGCUGAAUCUGUAGAAAAACAUGAUUUUGCGGUAUGUGUCAAGGGAUUGGAUUUCCCCUAUGAAGAUUUAAGUGACCGACUUGUGGAAUGGUUGGAAAUAUUGAAUAUUUUGGGGGUACAUAAAGUAUAUAUGUAUAAUUUGCAAGUCCAUGCUAAUAUUAGCAAAGUUUUGAACUAUUAUCGAGAAAAAGGUUUUGUGGAGGUACAAGACAUUACUCUAGUAGGAGGAGUGCAACAACCGGAAAUAGAACACUGGCUCAUAAAAAGUUAUCCUUUGAAUAAAAGGCUUAAUGAGUUGAUACCCUACAAUAGCUGUUUCUACCGUAAUAUGUACAAAUAUAAAUAUAUAGCUUUGUUAGAUAUUGAUGAAAUUAUAAUGCCUAAGGAUAGCCUAAAAUCAUGGCAGCAAUUGUUGGCAAAUAUUCAGACCCAUGAAGGGGGAAAAAAUUGUCCCUUAGGUUUGCCAAGUUUAUGUGUUGCUAAUACAUAUUUUCCCAGUAAAGAGGUACCGGUGCGCUCUAAUCCCUCCUAUAUGUACAUGUUAAAUCAUGUAUAUCGUCUUAAAGAUUAUACACCACAACGUUAUCAUGUGAAAUGUUUACAUAAUACUCGACAGAUUGUUACACUACACAAUCAUUAUCCCUUUUCGUAUUUGAAUACGGAUUGUAAACCAUUAGAUAUACCACCCGCUUACGCUCAACUACAACAUUAUCGAAAAACGCUAUCCAAAGAUGAUAACAGGGAAAUCAAAGAUCAUAUUCUUGUAUUGGAUGAAAGUGUGGAUCGUUUUCGGAGACUAUUACCGGAGAGGUGUAAAAAAGUUUUAAAAGACCUUAAGUUUAUAAGUUAAAAUUGAGUGUUUAGUUAUAGUUGUAAAAAGUAGUUAACAUAAGUAAGAGAAAUAGUUAGUAUAAAUA